ACUUUCGCUUCCAUGGAGGAAGCAAUUGCCCUCCUAAAAUGGAAAGUAACUUUCAAGAACCAGACUAAUUCCUUAUUGGCUUCAUGGACACAGAGUUCUAAUGCGUGUGGGGAUUGGUAUGGAGUUACGUGCUUAAAUGGUAGGGUAAGCAAGUUGGAUAUUCAAGGUGCUCGUGUCAUCGGUACACUCUAUGACUUUCCAUUUUCGACUCUCCCUUUUCUUGAAUAUGUUGAUCUUAGUGUGAAUAAUCUCUCUGGAACUAUCCCACCUGAAAUUAGUAAUCUCACUAAUCUUGUCUAUAUAGACUUGCACACCAAUCUGAUUUCAGGCACAAUCCCAUCACAAAUCGGGUCAUUAGCCAAGCUCCAGAACAUUUACAUCUAUGACAACCUUUUAAAUGGCUCGAUUCCUAUAGAAAUAGGUUAUUUAAGGUCUCUUACUUCUCUAGAUUUGGGUACUAAUUCUCUUAAUGGUUCUAUUCCUACUUCAUUGGGAAAUUUGACCAACUUAUCUAGUUUGUUUCUUAAUGGGAAUCAUCUUUCAGGGUUUAUUCCUGCUUUAUUGGGAAACUUGACCAGCCUUUCUAUUCUGUAUCUUCAGGAGAAUAACCUUUCUGGCUCCAUUCCUGAAGAAAUAGGUUGUUUAAGGUCUCUUAGUCAACUAGUUUUGGCUAAGAAUUCUCUAAGUGGUGUUAUUCCUGCUUCAUUGGGAAAUUUGACCAGCCUUUCUGUUCUGUACCUUUAUCAGAAUAACCUUUCUGGCUCCAUUCCUGAAGAAAUAGGUUACCUAAGGACUCUUAGUUAUUUAGAUUUCUCUACUAAUUUUCUUAGUGGUUCUAUUCCUACUUCUUUGGGGAAUUUGAAUGAACUUGUUACUAUGUAUUUAAAUAUUAAUCAACUCAUUGGUUCAAUUCCGGAUUCCUUGGGCAAAUUGAGAAACUUGCAAUGGAUGUAUCUCCACAACAACAAUCUCACUAAGAAAAUUCCUUCAUCUUUCUGCAAUUUGAUGAAAUUGGAAGUGGUGUAUUUGGGGAGAAACAACUUGAGGGGAGAAAUUCCGCAAUGUCUAGUCAAUAUUAGUGGACUCGAGGUAUUGAAAAUAGAAGAUAAUAAUCUCGGUGAAGAUAUCCCUUCGUCUAUUUGCAAUCUAACGUCACUAAGGAUUUUAGAUUUGGGUAGAAACAAUUUGAAGGGAGAAAUUCCACAAUGUUUUGGCAACAUGGGUGGUCAUCUUGAGGUUUUGGAUAUCCACCAAAACAAUCUUUAUGGGACUCUUCCAGAAACUUUUAGCAAUGGAAGUGUACUCAGAAGCUUAGACUUGCAUGACAAUGAAUUAGAAGGAAAAAUCCCCCGAUCUUUAGCCAAUUGCAAAAACUUGGAAAUUCUUGAUUUAGGAGACAAUAACUUCAACGACACAUUUCCAAUAUGGUUUGAAACUUUGCCAAAUCUGAAAGUUUUAAGCUUGAGAUCGAACAAAUUGCAUGGGCCAAUUAGAGCUUUAAGUAAUGGAAACAUGUUUUAUGGGCUUCGAAUCAUAGAUCUUUCUUAUAAUGCUUUCACAGGAAACUUGUCGACUAGUCUAUUUCAAAAACUGAAAGCCAUGAGGACAAUUGAUCAAACAGCGAAGGUACCAACAUAUCUUGGUAAAUCUGGAGAGAGAGAUUACAAUGAUUCUGUAACAGUUUCAACGAAGGGAAUGGAGUAUGAACUGGAUAGAAUUUCGACACUUUUCAAGACUAUCGAUCUUUCAAGUAACAAAUUUGAAGGACAUAUUCCAAGUAGUUUGGGAGAUCUCAUUGCACUUAGGGUGCUAAAUUUAUCUCAUAACAGAUUGCAAGGUAAUAUACCAUCAUCACUUGAAAGUUUAUCUUUAGUCGAAUCAUUGGAUCUUUCAUUCAACCAGCUUUCAGGAGAGAUACCACAACAACUUGUUGCUCUUACAUUUCUUUCAUUCUUAAAUCUCUCUCACAAUCAUCUUCAAGGAUGCAUUCCUCAAGGACAUCAAUUUGGUACAUUUCAAAAUAAUUCAUAUGAAGGUAAUGAUGGAUUACAAGGAUUUCCUGUUUCGAAAGGUUGUGGAAAUAAUUUGACACCAGAGACAAAUAAUAGGGAUUAUGAGUCAGAUGAUGAAGAAAGCGAUUCUGAAUUUAUAAAUGAUUUUUGGAAAGCUGCUCUUAUGGGAUAUGGAAGUGGGCUAUGUAUUGGAGUAUCCAUUAUAUAUAUCAUGAUCUCAACUGGAAAUUUGAAAUGGGUUGCAAGAAUCAUUGAAGGGUUGGAGUACAAAAUUAUUAUGCGACAGAGAAAAAGGCAGCAAAGUCAAAGGCACUAAAAAUUUCAGGUGCUUGGAGGAGCAUUUGGUGGAAUGCUCAACAGAGAUGCAAUAAUAUCAUAUGUUGCUAGCUUAUUAGCUAGUUUUUACUUUU